AUGGCAUCUCCCUUUCAGAUUCCUGGUCUCUCGACCUUGAAUCAAGCUGAGAACAGCCAGACCCCCAAGGCUACCGAGAACACUGAGCACACCACAUCUAUCGCAACUACUUCAGUUCCUGUCGCGACUGGCAAUGCGCCUGUUACCGCCCCUGGUGACUUGAACAAUGGCGCAGAGCAGAAUUCUGUCUCUGACGUGAACACCGCUCAGAACGCCCAGCAAGACAUUACCUCGACUGUCAAUGAUGGCGCUAUGGACGUCGACGGACAGUCCAAUGAGGAGACUGCCGCAAAAGCUAGCGAUGCUACCGAGGCUCCUGCCAGUCCUCCUUCGCUCACUGAGGGCUUGGAGGCUCUCAUCGGCGGCCUUGAUCCCACACCUGCACAAGCUGAUUUGGCCAGCGCCCCGGCAACCCACGAGACAGAGGCAGACCAGAACGCCGAGAUGCGUGACGCUGAUGCAGCCGAUGGUGGUAAUGAAGAGGGCGAGGGCUGGGAGGCAGACUCUUCUCCCUACGAGUCGUCUUCCGACUCGAGCAGCUCGGAUGAUUCCGAUGAUGAUUCCGACGACGACAACGAGCUUCUGAAGCCUGAAGAAAUGGCACGCAUCCUUAUGGAGGCGGCAUCCGAUGACGAGGGCGAUGGUAAGACCAAGGGCUCUGCAUCCGGUGGCCUUCGUACCAAGAACGAGAUGCCCGAGGAGGUCGUUCCUAGACCCGAUGUCAUCAUCAAGCCCGAGAUGCAGCUUCACGUGCUUGGUGAGGUUGAGCACGUUGUCGACAGCGCUAUCGUCAUCAAAGCUUACACGUCUGGCGAGUACCAAGUUCUCGACUCUGGCUCAGUCCUUUGCACUGAGGACCGAACGGUUGUUGCAGCCCUGGCCGAUCUCAUUGGCAGCGUGCGUGAGCCACGAUACAUGGCAAUGUUCAAGGAUGCAGAGGAACUCAAGACCUUCAACAUUGAGGUCGGAACCAAGAUUUUCUACACCAUGGAGCUCUCGACUUUCGUUUUCACAGAACCCCUUAAAGGCAUGAAGGGAACUGACGCUAGUAACCUGAACGACGAAGAGCUCAAUGAUGACGAGAUGGAGUUUUCCGACGACGAGAAGGAGAUUGAGUAUAAGAAGGAACAGAAGGCUAAGCGCAAUGCCCGUUCGAAUGCUCGAGGUGGUGGCGAUGGAACCCACGGUGGUCGUGGCGGUCGUGGAGGCCGACAGGAUGCCACUCCCGCUCCCGCCAAUCUCAAGUACGAUGAUGAGGACGAUGGUCCUUACCGACCCUUGACUCGUCCGGCCAACUUUGGCCAAGGCGGUGCUCCUCCUGCCUUUACCGGUGGCUCCACCAGUCACGAUGGUGGUUCUCACCGUGGCGGCCGUGGUGGAAGAGGUAGAGGCCGCGGAAACAACGCCCGUGGUAACCGCGGAGGUCAGCGCCACCAAGGUGCUGGUUACUCGCAGCAGCCUCAGUCUCAGGGAUAUCCCUCGCAGCAGCCGCAGCAGCAGCAGCAGAUGCCGUUCUGGACCCCUCCCCCGCCUCACGUUGGUGCAGCGCAGGGUUUUGUUCCGCCUCCCCCGCCUCAAUUCUUCGGCGCCGCUGGCGGUCAAGCCCCUAUGGCUCCGUUCACUUGGCCUCAGCAGCCCCAGAAUCUGCCUGCCAACUUUGUCCCUCCCCCGCCUCCUCAGUUUCAGCAAUACGGUCAGAAUGGACAGCCCGCUUUCCCUCCCGCCUUCUUCACUGCCAUGCAAAAUCAGGCCCAGGCCCAGGCCCAGGCUCAGUACCAAGCUGCUCAGAACGCAGGCAAUCAGCAGCAGACUGGUCAGUUCCCUCCUCCCAGUGGCUCUGGUUAG